ACCUUAUUUAUCUUAAACCGUGAUAAAAACACAAAAGUUUAAAAGUAAAAAUCAAGUUGAUUCAAUCAACGUUCAACGUAUCCUUAAGAACUUAAUGGUUCGAUUAUUGUUCUACAAAUAAAAUACAAAAUGGAUUUUUUCUGUCAUAUUAUUUAAAACAUAAGUACUUGAAACUGUACAGAUUCACAAUGAACCCUGAACGCAACAGUGACACCGGUUUCCUGUGCAAGAGGGAACGGAGAACCGAAGAAUCGAAUGAUGACUCCAUGUUUGCCGCGCAAACAUACUUAUCCGUUGAUCAAAAAACUGACUGUGGUUCCAUGUCCAUGAUGAAGGACAAACAGUACUGGUGUCAACAGUGGGUUUUUGCUCAUCGUGAAGGAAAUGUAGCAGAAGAAAAAAAAUAUGUUGCGAAAAAAAAAAUGUGUAGUUACCAAUAGUUUUGAUGACACAGCUUCUUAUGAGUCAAGUUUGGAUUUAAAUAAUUUAAAAAAACGUAUGAAGCAACCUUCUAGGAUAAAGAAACUUGAUUUGGAUAAAGUAGAAAUGAAUUUCAGCUGCGCAUGGGAAGAAUGUGAUUACGAAUCAUCACAUAUCAAUGAUUAUUUUUAUCAUGUCAGUGGACAUGUUGAUUACUUGUGGACUGAAGAAUGGCAAAGCAAUAAAGAUAAAUGGUUUACAUGCUUAUGGAACAGUUGUACAUUUCAAUCACAUUGUGAGGUGAAAUCUACCACACAUGUGAAUUUCCAUGCAUACCAUACACGUCUUAAAUGUAUUGGUUUAGCGGUUUUAACUCUUUGUGAAAUUCCUGGAUGCAAGUUAAAUGGUGAAGGUACUAAUAUCUUGCCAGAUUUACCUAACGAAUUUGAAUGCAAUUGGGAAAAUUGUAAUGAAAGGUUUGAAUGUAUGCAGUAUUAUUCAUAUCAUGUAGCUGAACAUUUUCAAAUUUCAGAAUUUGAAAAAUAUAAUUUUAACUGCCCAUGGAGAGAUUGUACUUUACAAUUUACUGCACGUUAUCGAUUAGUUGAUCAUAUUAAGAGUCACACCCAGGAAAAGUCAUGUGCUUGCCCUAACUGUGGUAUUAUGUUUGCUACACACACAAAACUAAAAGAUCAUUGUCGACAGUCAAAUAAAGACAAAAGCAAUCAAUGUUCGUUGUGUAAAAAAACGUUCUCUUGUGAACGACUCCUAAAACAGCACGUCCGCCUUCAUAUAAAUUAUUACAAAUGUCAUUUAUGUGACGCAUCCUUUUCUAGAGCCUCACAACUGUCCACUCACAUACGUUAUCGUCACAUUGGUAUAAAACCAUUUAAAUGUAAACUAUGUGAUUCCAAAUUUGUGCGGAAACUAGAUUUCAACAACCACUUGAAAAAACAUACAGCAGGUCCAUUAUUUAAAUGUUCAAAAGAUGACUGUGAUUUUUCAUGUCGUAGUGAAUACGCAAUGAGAAAGCAUAUAAAUAUGGAACAUUACGAUAAUACUGAAGAAUUAUAUAAAUAUUAUUGUCAUCUGUGUGAUGAUUUAUUUCUCAGAGGCUCAUUUCUAACUAAACAUUUAGAAAUGGAACAUAACUUUCAUAAGCCAUCAGGUUUAAAACGUUUUAGGUACAUAGAAGAUGAUGAUGGGUAUUAUAAACUUCAAAUGUCAAGAUAUGAGUGUCUAGACAUUCAAGAACAAAAGAAAAUUAAGUUGGUCAAAACAAAACAAGUUAUUGUUAAGAAAAAUAUUCAAACUAUUUCUAAUGGUAAGCAGACGCUAAAUUUUAAUGUUGAAAUUUUAAAGGGUGCAAGUGAUGAAGAUGAUGAUGAAGAUGACUGAAAUAAGAUUGAAAAUUAUAGUAGUCCAAAAGGAUUCAAUGUUAUAAUACAAUAUUUUAAAUUAACUGGACUUACCUAUUAUUAUAUUUUUGAAUUAGAUUUGAAAUUUGUGUACUUAAAGUUUACACUUUACAUUUCAUUAUAUUAAUAUGGUAAAUUAUAAUUCCUAAUAUUUAGAUUAAUCAAAAAAAUUACUUUAAAUAAUAGUCAUUUUUGUGUUAUAACUUUAUAAGUUAAGUAGUUUUGUAUGUUGAAGCUUUAAAAUGUAUAACUAAAUAUUAAGGAAUACUACACUUAGCAUAGUGUAGAAUCUAUACCAUAGUUUAGGUUUGCCUAACGUCCCGUAUAAUAUGGGAACAUCCCAUUUUUUAAUUUGAUGUCCUGUCAUCCUGACAACUCUCUUUGGAACACCAAAAUGUCCCGUUUUUCAUAAAAUAACCCAUACAAUAAAAUAUAUCACUCUUAUGUAUUGAGAUAGUAAAACGGCAUAUUUUAUCAUUUACCUAUCAUUA